UCAGAAACUAAGUCACCAAAUAGUGUUACACGAGAAAACGUCUUGCAUUGGUGUUAUACUGUUCGUAUUUUUCCGACUACCUCAAUGUCAGAAAAUACAAACAUGGAACAACUGAGUAUACCUGAGUUUUAUAAGGGCCGUUCCGUCUUUAUCACCGGUGCGACGGGUUUUAUGGGUAAAGUGCUAGUAGAGAAGCUUUUACGAUCCUGUCCCGGAAUUGAGCGUAUUUACCUUUUAAUGCGACCGUCCAAGGGCCAGAGUGUCGAAUGUCGUUUGCAGGAUCUGAUCAACAACCAGAUAUUCGAUACGGUCAGGAAACAGCAGUUGAAUGUUAUGUCAAAACUUACGGCUACGGCGGGCGACGUGACGCUUCCUGGAUUAGGUCUAUCGGUCUCUGAUAUGCAUCUCUUAAUUGAAAACGUUUCUAUUGUAUUCAAUUCUGCGGCAACUAUCAAAUUCAAUGAAGAGCUCAAGGACGCCAUCGAGAUGAAUGUGAAAGGACCUAUGCAACUAUUGAACAUUUGCCGUCAAAUGAAGCGUCUCGAGGCUUUCGUUCACGUAUCAACGGCUUUUAACAAUUUGGACCGGGAAGAAAUGAAAGAACAGGUCUAUCGUUCGCAAGUUGAUCCUGUUAAAUUAAUUCAAUUGCUUGACUGCCUCGACGACAACGUAGUAAAAAAGAUUGCGCCAGAACUAAUAGGAAAUUGCCCCAAUACCUAUACUUACACUAAAGCCUUGGCCGAGCAGCUGCUAGAAGAACAAUGUGGGAACGUUCCAUUGGCAAUCGUGAGGCCAUCCAUUGUUACCGGAGCACUCAAAGAGCCUAUUCCAGGUUGGGUUGACAAUUAUAACGGGGCAACAGGGACAAUAGCCGCCGUCGGGAAAGGAUUCUUCCGCAUCAUGAAGAUUAACUCAGAACUAGUUAGUGACAUCAUCCCCGUUGAUUACCCAAUCAAUUUAAUGAUUGCUGUAGCCUGGCAUUUAGCCAUUCGUAGACCAAACGAAGUGCCUGUCUAUAGUUGUACCACUGGCCAUCGAAACCCACUCACCUGGGGCGGUUUGAGACGUUUUGCUUUAGAUUCUUGGUUGAAAUAUCCUACCAAAGAUAUGAUGUGGUAUCCCAGCGCUUCUUACACAAUCAACGAUAUCUGGUUCAAAGCCAACCAAGCCCUGUUUCACACUAUCCCAGCCCAUUUGUUUGACAUGUUUUACACCUUGACCGGUAAACGCACUCGUUGGGUUCGAAUGUACGCUAAAGCAGCUCUUGCCUUUUCUUCUUUGGAAUUUUUCACAACACAUCAGUGGCGAUUCCUCAGUAACAAUCCCAUUCGUUUACUGGAAGAGUUAUCAAAUCAAGACAAGAAAACAUUUUAUUUUGACGUCCGCGAAAUUGAUUGGAAAAGUUACUUUGAAACUUACGUACUAGGAACUCGACGUUUCGUCCUUAAAGAUGAUCCCAGCACUCUGCCACUUGCAAAACGCAACCUCAACCGGUUGUACACGAUACGAAUGGUUCUACGUCUCCUGUUUUUCUUUAGUGUCUUUACAGUACUGUUGCGUACUUUUAAGCCAUUUCUACUUCCAGCAAUCUGUCUGCAAACUGCCAUUUUCCUAUUAGCCGAGUUUUUGUCAGUGUAAAUAUCUGUCUUGCAAUUAACCAAAAGCCACAAUUUUUUUUUUACCAACGCUUAAAUUAUUAGCGAAAGACUGGUAGGUAAAUCAGCAGGUUGUUUUACUUUCUAACUUUCUUCGUAGAAGUCUUUUCAUUGAUUUUGUUUUUCUGCAUUUUCAUACUCUAAUUUCCUUAAUUUCGUGUUCACGACUACUCGUUACGUAUUUUAUCUUCAAAUGUCUUUAAUGAUGCUGCCAAACUUGUUACAUAUCUUGUUUUGAUGGCUCGGCUUAGGAUCAGGUAUGGAUGGCUUAACGAAAAAUGGUUCAGGUAAUCUAUUCAAUUAGCUUUUAGGCAACUGUUAUUAAAGUUGUGUUGAAAUCAAAUCUUUAGUGAAAGUAGCCACCUUUAUUUGAAAAACUGGUUUUCCCUCUUCUUCCCAUAAAAACAAAAUCAAAACAAAAUGGAUGAAACUUUUAUCGAAAUGUAAUAAUAUUCUUCUUAGAACGCAAUCGUCCUUAAAGAAUGGCAGUAUAUUAAGAACUACCUUUCAUUUAGGACAUAUUGUUAACAAUAUAUCUGUGUGAAAGUAUAGCAGUGACCAGCCCCAGAAACAAUUGCUCAAAAGAAAAACCCUACCCGAACAACUUUUGUUAGAACAGCUCUUGAAAAACCGAUACUUUUCUUUGUUCCAUUUCCAGUCUGAAACUUGUUUUCUUUAUUCACCGCUUUACUGUCUGUUAAACGUUAAACGUACUAUUCACAAUAAAAAAACAUGAAACAAA